CAUUCUUGAUAUUAGUUAAUAUUCAUGUUAAUUAGUUUAUGAUAGUUAAUAUUAAUGAAAAAGUUCUAAUUUAUUAGUAGUUCUACAUUUAUAACUAUUUUCAAAAUAAUGGAUGAAAAUGACAAAAAACAACGAAAACGGAUUAGUAUACAUGGCGUUCCAAUAUAUGCAGCAGUUUUAUUAUUAUUAUCGUUAAUUGUCUUGUUAAUAUGGGCAGUUGUUAUGGAUCGAAAACUGCCAACACAAAUUAAAAUUGCUGAAGAGAAAGACUACCCGAAUCAUUUUAUUGGAGAAAGAUCACAACAACAUUUAAAACAGCUAACGGAUAUUGGCCCACGAGUGGUGGGUAGCUAUGAAAAUGAAGAAUUAGCUGUUAAAUUUCUACAACAAGAAAUAGGAUUUAUAAAGCAAUUGGCUCAUCCAAAUCAUGAAAUUGAAGUUGAUACUCAAGUGGUAUCUGGUUCAUAUUAUUUAGCAUUCAAACCGUAUGGUGUAACAAAUGUGUACUCCAAUGUUCAAAAUGUGGUUGUACGCUUGAGCCCAAAAGGAAAAAAUGUUAAUAGUAGUUUGUUGUUGAAUAGUCAUUUUGAUUCUGUGCCAACAAGUCCAGGUGCAACCGAUGCUGGAAUUAGUAUCACAACUAUGUUAGAAGUUUUACGAGUGCUCUCAAGUUCAUCGCAAACUUUACAACACAAUGUAAUAUUUUUAUUUAAUGGAGCUGAAGAGAAUCCUCUUCAAGCAUCUCAUGGUUUUAUCACACAACAUAAAUGGGCACCAGAAGUACGUGCUUUUAUAAAUAUGGAAGGUGUUGGUGGGGGUGGUAAAGAAGUUGUUUUUCAAGCAGGGCCUGGACAUCCUUGGAUGUUACGAUAUUACUCAUCGGUAGCACCACAUCCACGUGCACAGGUUGUUGCUGAAGAAUUAUUUCAGAGUAAUGUGAUACCAAGUGAUACUGAUUUUCGUAUUUUUAGAGAUUUUGGACAUGUUCCAGGCGUUGAUGUUGCAUUUGUCAAACGUGGUUACGUUUACCAUACAAAAUAUGAUAAUUUUGAAAACGUUGAAAAUGGAUCAUAUCAACACAUUGGUGAUAAUAUUUUAGCUUUAACAAGAGCUAUAGCAAAUUCUGAUGAGUUAAAGGAUCCUCAACAACACGAUUCUGGUCAUUUAGUAUUUUAUGACUUCUUUGGAUUAACUCUAAUUAUUUACAGCUAUAUAUGUGGAAUAAUAUUAAAUUUAUUUAUUGUUAUAUUAAGCUUAUAUACUUGUUUCGCUUAUAUUCGCGGUAUAACUAAAGUUUCAGAUAAAAUUGCCCUCAAACAAUUGGGUUUGUCUAUGGGUGCACAAUUCGCUGGUUGGAUUGUUGGUAUUUUGUUAUGUAUUUUAAUUGGAUUAUUUUUGGACACAAUUAACCAAGCAAUGUCAUGGUACUCACGACCAUGGUUAGUUAUUCCAUUAUUCAGUUUACCAACAUUAAUCGGAUGCUCAGCGUUUUUGUUACUGUUAGGUGAACGCAAUAAAAAAGAGAACGUUAUAGGACUAAAUGUUCAAGUUCACAUACAUAUCUUGGCAACUAUUUCGCUUUGGAAUAUUGUUUUAUUUAUUGGAACAUGUGCAGGAAUAAGAGCUACACAUCUUAUAACAUUUACUUUAAUAUUUCCAAACAUAGCACUCUUGUUUAUAAGUCACACAAAAAUACGACAAUCAGUUCAUUCUUGGUUGUACCUGUACCUUUUCUGUAUACUUAUACCAGUGGUUUAUAAUAUAUAUGAAUCUUUAACAUUGGUUGAAUUCUUCAUACCAAUAUCUGGAAGAGUAGGAGCAAAUCAAGUUGUUGAUAUUAAAAUUGGUGUUAUAACAGCAGCUGCAACAAUUCUCGUUACAUCUUUAAUUGUACCAUUAAUCUGUGCAGUGCAUUCGGGAACAAAAUUAUUAAUCGGAUUAUUGUCGUUGAAUUUAGUAAUCAUAUUUGCUGUAUGGGUAUCUCCUCUUGGGUUUCCAUACGAUGUAGCUCCAGAACAUCAAAUGCCUGAACGAUAUUGGGUCUAUCAUACCGAGCGUGUUAGGCAUGAUGAACGUGGAAAAGCAAUUGAAGAAGAUGCUGGAUAUUUCAUAUUAAAUAUGGAUAGAAAUUCACCACAAAUGAUUACUGAUUAUGUUGAGGAAUUUCAGCUUAAAUCAGUAUCUGUCGGUUCUUUUUGUGAUAAAUGGUUAUUCUGUGGUGUACCAGUUUCCAAUCCACGAAUGAAUUCAGUAGUUAGUGCGACCACUUGGAUUCCUACAACAGCUCCUAUUUUCCAUCGACAAACCAAUUUAAUUUUGAAAGAUCAACGUUUGCUGAAAGUCAAUGUUCGGAGACUCAGUUUCAUCGCAAGAGGUCCUGAUAGAAUGGCAUUAUUUAUAUCACCUAAACCGGGAUCAAAACUAAUUGGUUGGAGUUUCUUAGAUGAAAUUCCACCUAGCGGUCCUCUAUGGAAUGAUCGUCCUACAUAUUUUGUUAUAUAUGGUCGAGGUAAAGAAACAAGAAAUGAUGAUUGGGUAUUCCAUUUGGAUAUUGAAGUACCACAAGGCACAACUGAUCCCAUACUUGAUAUUACUUUAACGGGUCAUUUAACCCACGACGAUAAACUACAAACACCAGCUUAUAAAAUAUUUUUAAGUAAAUUCCCAAAAUGGACACAAACAAUUGCAUGGAUAUCCAGUUAUAAAUCAUGGGUUUUUUAAAUUAACAGAAUCUCUCUACUUAUAUUGGAGAAGGACAUACAGGAGUCUUAUAUAUGUUUCUGUUUUAUUUAUUAUUGCUAAAUGUCGGACAUGACCACAUAAUUCAGUACAAAAUAAGCAAUUAAGAAUUUUUUAAGAAAUUUC